AUGACCUGGGCAAUUGAGCUAUCUCAAUGCGACCUACAAUAUGAGCCCAGACAUGUAAUCAAAGCCCAGGCCAUGGCUGACUUCCUCGUGGAGGUCACAGGAAAUCCUCACGAAACCCCGGGCACACGGUGGAAGCUCCACGUUGACGGAGCCUCCAACCAAAUGUCUGGAGGUGGAGGGAUAAUCCAAGAGAGCCCAACAGAGAUAGUAUACAAACAAUCCACCAAGUUUGAGUUCCCAGUCUCCAACAACCAAGUAGAAUACAAGGCCCUUAUCAGCGGCCUGCCAUUGUCAAAGGAAGUGGGGGUGACAACAGUAGAGGUGAACAGCGACUCUCAGGUCGUCACCUCCCAAAUCAACGAAAUGUAUCAAGCCAAGGACCCUUUACUACAAAAAUACCUGGAAAAGGUUAAGGGCUUGAGCAAGGACUUCGAAGAGGUCAUGGUACAGCAUGUCCCAAGGGAAAGGAACACACGAGCUGACAUCCUAUCCAAACUGCCCAGUACAAAGCCUGGAACGGGAAACCGUUCCUUGAUUCAGGCCAUAGUGAAAGAGCCAACCGUCGCCCUAUGCGCAUCCCGAGCAGACAUCGAUCCCUCAUGGAUCAACCCAAUUAUUGACUUCUUAAAAAGCGGCAAGCUCCUUGACGACCACAAGGCGGUGAAGACGUUGAGAAGGGAGGCGGCCAAGUAUGUAAUAGUGCAAGGUAAACUAUUUAAAAAAGGACUAAAUCAACCCCUAUUGAAGUGCCUACAACCCGAUCAGAUGGACUACGUCCUUAGGGAAGUCCAUGAGGGUUGUUGCAGUCAUCAUAUCGAGGGAAAGGCUUUGGCCCAGAAACUCGUGAGAGCAGGUUACUUUUGGCCCUCGAUGAUGACAGAUUCCCAAGAAUUCAUCAGAAGAUGCAAGAAGUGCCAGGAAAAUGCUAACUUUCAUAAGGCCCCGGCAUCUGAGCAUAGUCUACUAAUGGCCUCCCAACCUUUUAGCCAGUGGGGGAUCGACCUUCUAGGACCGUUCCUGGUUGGCCCUGGACAGGUCAAAUACCUGAUCAUAGCCAUUGAUUACUACACAAAGUGGGUUAAAGCAGAGCCACUGGCUAGUAUUUCAUCAGCUAACUGCCGUAAGUUUAUAUGGAGACAUGUAAUUUUCAGGUUCGGAAUCCCGAAGUCCGUGAUAUCGGACAACAGGACAUAG